AUUGGCUCGUCCCCUCACACUGGGGCACGGGUGGCGGCCCCCUGAUUGGCCGAACCCCGUCCUGGCAUCCUUCCUGGCAGUCCGUCCGCCGAGGGGGAGCCAUGUUGAUGCCUACUCUUGUGUCAACCGCUGCGCCUCGGGUAUGGUUAAAGGACUCGGAGAGUGGGACUCUGCUGCGGUGAUUCCCGCACCGCGACGAGAAGAGGACAGCGGCCCGGGGACGGCACGGGGAGCGCCCCGCAGAGAGUAGCGCUUCGCCGCACAGUUGAUCCGGAGCCAGUGAAGUUGAUGCUAGAUAGCUUGUUAGCUAGGUUGGCAACAGCUGUGCGGACGUUGCGUGGGAUGCGGCGUGUGGACUGAAACAUCUGUUCUGGUUGUAUUUCGUGGAGCUACGUGUGGCUCACCCGCUCCAACACGGUGCCCGGACGGACCGCGGCGAUGCGGAAUUAACGCUAGUUGCCUUUGUGACGCUAGCUAGCUGUUAGCUAAUGUUAGCAUGCUGACAACCAGCCCGCAUCUUGAGUCACGACCAACAUUUUGUAGCUGAGCGGCUCCUAGCUUGUUGGGUGCAGACAUUCUCGUCAGUCGUGGAGCAGCGGGUUUCGUGACAAAUCCCCCCCCCCCCGAGCUGGAGAAUAUGGCGAUACACCCAGUCUCUAUGGAAAGCUACCAGUUUGCCUGCCUAGCUUGCCAGGGAGCGGCUAACGGGCUAGCAGCGUAACUUCCCCCCUCCCCUCACGGCGUCACCCACAAGCUGCGGAGCCCACUUCCUCGCUAGCCGACCUCCUCGUACCUGAAGCAAGCUGGCGGCCCUCCGAGUAGAAGCCGAGGACAAGGAGCUGGGGCCGAUGGCCUGGGUGCUGAAGAUGGACGACGCCACCAUCGAGUCGGGGCUGGUGCACGACUUCGAUGCCAGACUGUCCGGCAUCGGGCAGGAGCUGGGGGCUGGAGCCUACAGCAUGAGUGAUGUGCUGGCUCUGCCGAUUUUUAAGCAGGAGGACUCCAGCCUUCCGACCGAAAGUGAGACCAAAAAUCCCCCAUUCCAGUAUGUGCUGUGCACCGCCACCUCGCCUGCCAUCAAGCUGCAUGACGAGACGCUCACAUACCUAAACCAAGGCCAGUCUUACGAGGUGCGUAUGUUGGACAACAGGAAGGCAGGGGAGUUACCAGAGCUCAACAACAAGAUGGUGAAGAGCACAGUGCGAGUGGUGUUUCACGAUCGCCGGCUGCAGUACACAGAGCACCAGCAGCUGGAGGGCUGGAAGUGGAAUCGUCCUGGUGACCGUCUCCUUGACAUCGAUAUCCCCAUGUCAGUGGGCAUUGUGGAGCCAAAGACUCACCCCUCCCAGCUCAACGCUGCAGAGUUCCUGUGGGACAUGAACAAAAGGACUUCUGUUUUUGUGCAGGUGCACUGCAUCAGCACAGAGUUCACUCCCAGAAAACACGGCGGAGAGAAGGGCGUCCCCUUUAGGAUCCAGAUUGACACGUUCGCCCUGGGAGACAAUGGAGAGUACACAGAACACCUCCACUCCGCCUCCUGCCAAAUCAAAGUAUUUAAGCCAAAGGGGGCGGACCGAAAGCAAAAGACAGACCGGGAGAAGAUGGAGAAACGCACAGCUCAAGAGAAAGAAAAGUACCAGCCCUCUUACGAUACCACUAUCCUGUCAGAGGUCAGUAUCCAGUUGCAAUGUGACUCGUCCUCUCCCAAUCACCAGGCAGACCCCAGCAGCCAUGUCAACUUGGAGCAGCUGAGUCCCACCGCGUCCAUACAGGACGCACAGAAGUGGCUGCUGAAAAACCGCUUCAACUCCUACACACGACUCUUCUCUCACUUCUCAGGUUCUGAUUUGUUGAAGCUAACACGGGACGACCUGGUCCAGAUUUGUGGGCCAGCAGAUGGGAUCAGACUCUACAAUGCACUUAAAUCCAGGUCGGUGUGCCCCAGGUUGACAGUGUAUGUCUGUCAGGAGUCCCCUCAGGAGAGCCCCCUGCUGGAGAGACAUGGCAGUAAUGAAAAUGGAGAGCACAGCAUCUCCUCUAAUUUACGAGUAUACCACGCUCUGUACCUAGAGGAGCUGACAGCUGCAGAACUGAUCCGCAAGAUGGCGUGUGUGUGCAGCCUUCCACUGGGAACAAUCAACCAGGUGUACAGGCAGGGUCCUACAGGCAUACACAUCCUGCUCAGUGACCAGAUGGUUUACAACUUGCCUGACGAGAGCAGUUUUUUGAUUAGCACCGUCAAAGAUGAACUAGGCGAAGGACUCCAUCUAAUCCUGAAGUAAUGAUGAGUACAGAUGGCAUCACUAAAACUCCACUCUCUGUUUUGGAGCAGAAGCCUCCUUCUCUCCCUGCCUCUACUCUUUCCUUCUACUUCCUCCCUCUCUCUCUCUCUCUCUCUCUCUGAUCGACGGCUCGAUGGAAAGCAGAGAGACUGCGUUAAAGCCAUGUAAAUGUUAGAAUCUGACAUGGGUGUGUCCACUGUUUCAUAUUGAAAACACUAUUAACGGAGGAGAGUUAAAAGAGGAGAGACCGGGGGGGAAUAUGGGGUUUGGGGGAGUGAUAACAAUCUUUCUAUGUAUUUUGAUUUUAUUAUCUUAUUUUUUUGUCUUUUUAUAUGUUUUUGUGUGGAGGCAGAAGGGAGGGGGAGGCUCCAGGAGAGAGGGGGGAGGUUAUAAUAUGGCCGAGAGGAGGAGGAAAGAAAGCAGAGUUUCCUUAUUGCUCGUUGCCCUUCCUACACGACGUGCACAACCAGCAUUAGGCCAGUAUUUGAUAACCUGUACUGCUGAACAGCAUGCGAUCUCGACAUACUAACUUGCGUACUCUGCUUGUUUAACAUUCUCUCGGGCUUGUCUUAGUAACCGUUUCUUGAUCCCCAAGCUCGGUAACCCCUGAAAUAUCCCGGCUGAAUUUAUGGGAGAGGCGGCAACUUAUUAUUAUUUUUUGUCUUGGACUGAUUUCAGUGACUCUUGCCACAUUUGUCACCUCUCUGUUGACGUCACACACCACACUCAGCUCUCCACUCUGUGAACGUACGUCCUGUCUGGUCGGAGCUUUUACUGUUUUUAGUUGAUGCUUUAUUUAUGGUUGCACUGUUUCUCUCACUGACAUUUUUCUGGUGCCAUAUCAAAUUUUAGCUCCAUCUUUUCCUCAUAUUCACAGACACACACACUGAGCACAUUCAUGUCUUUGACUCCUCUACUUUCUGUGCUGACUUUAAAACACUGGUUUAGAGUAGUGAGGGUUCAAGGUUUCUAGGAUCUCUCGCAUUUAAAAAAAGAGGAACAAACCUUGAUCGGAGACAGACGUGCAGAGUAGUAACGCCUACAUUAAUGUGGACCAAACACGUUUCAGAUAGAUAGGCUCUUCUUUUUUUUUUUAAUUGGCUCUGUAUAUCUCGUCCAUUAGAGGAAUUGGUCUGAAGGAAAAUUAAACCCUCAUCUGGUGGAGCUGCUUGUGCACAUAUUCAAAAUAAUAAACCCUCCAUUCCAGCAUCUGCUAUUCAAAUAACAACCCCCCACGCAGCCAGCUGGAAGAAACACAUCUGUGCUGCUGCCUGGUUUCAAAAGUCUAGUAUCCUAGAAAGUCACAACAGCUCCACGUCCUCUUUUCAAAACCAUGUGUUUUUAAUGUAGCCGAGCACAGGAAGUAUAAGUCUUGUGUUUUGAAUGCCCUUACUUUGAAAAGCCACAGGAAACCUCUCACACAGGUCAGGGAGUAGCAGGGAGGAGCUUUCUGUUUAGUUGACCCUCUAAGUUUUGGUGCCCGAUGUCUGGUUUUGAAGUGCAUUCAGUUUGCACGCCUCUAAGCAUCAGAAUCUAUGUGUGUGCGUGCGUAUCAUAUUUUGUUCUUGCAAAGUAAACUUAAUUAUGUCGGUAGUUGUCACAAGCUUUUUUCCCUGUUGGAAUAAUGAAACUGUGUUUUAGCUUCCUGUUUAGUGACGAGCAUGUGGGAGCCAGGGAAGGGGGAGGGAUGAGCUUGGUCCUUGGUGUGUAACUUUUUCCAGAUGUUAGAGACCAAGCCUGCACUGAAAAAUCACAAAACUAAAGCUUGAUGUGUAGUCUAGUCCUACAGCCACACCCUCUUCUUACCCACCUAAUGAGAAGGAGAAAGAAAAAUAAUGAUUAAAAAGCGUCUGUUUCUGUCUCACGUCGCACCAGAGCCCAGGACUCCUGUGGCGUUUACAAGGACGCGAGUUCCACGACACAGUGAAGUGUUCAUCGACUCAAACACAUAGUGAGAAUAGAGUGGAUGUGGUAAGAGUCAGGCAAACUGUGGCAAGGUGUUCUCAUCACCUGACGGCCUGACCAAUCGUCUGUCUGCGUGAGCGAGUGUGUGUGAGAGAGAGCAGGAGAGGUGACCACUGUUUCUGUACAGCCUAAUGUCAAUGAUGAUGCUUCUCAUGUGCACAGUAUCGUAUGCUGGACGUGUACACAACCACGUGCUGGGAAUAAAUGAUUUCAUAACUUUC